UAAAACCGUACCCUCGUCAUUAAUGACGUUUCACUGACAUGUCGAAGGAAUCAAUUUAUCGACGUUCCACCGCCAACUUUCCUCCUCCAUUCAUAAUGAAACACAAACUUCCUCGAAGGGUGCAAAGUAAACGCAGAGAAUAACUUUCGUUCUCCCUUCUCGAUUGCGAAAUGAGAAAAUCGGGCGACGCAAGCGCGUCGUUUAGUUUACCUUCGAACCGUCGUCGGACGAUUUAGUGUUGGAACGAGCAUUCAAGCAUCAAACAUGCAAAACUCAAAGCUGAACGUCGAAACGUCUCGUCCAACAGACAACAAGCACGAGGAACACGUGAAUCUGAGUAUCCAAUGGAACCAUUGGUUUCUAAGGCCCAUCGGCCUCUGGCCGUAUUCAAGUUCAAGGUUCGAACAGUACCUCUACUGGCUCAUAAAUGUCAUCUGUUACAGUCUUCUCAGUUUUCGCUUGAUAUCCUGCAUUUUGUUCAUGUACUACGAGGUGAGAGAUACGUACAUCAUACUGAAACAAUCCGGCCCGUUGAUUUUCUGCGUGAUGGGCAUCAUGAAAUACUGCACGUUGAUCGAUCACAAGGCCGACAUCAACGAGUGCGUGGAACAAAUCAAAUUGGACUGGAGAAACACGACGAACGACAAGGAUCGCGAGAUCAUGAUAGCGAACGCGAAUUUCGGACGAAAACUGGCGAUCCUCUGUACCUUCUUCACGUACAGCGGCUUCAUAUUUUACAAUAUCGUUAUACCUAUCAGCCGGGGCAAAGUAACGGCCAAAGAUACGAAUAUCACCUUCAUACCGCUGGUGUUCCCUGUAUCGAAAUACGCUGAUGCACUCCGCAGCCCCAUGAACGAGAUCAUUUUCUCACUCCAAGUGAUGGGUAGCUCCCUGAGCUAUAGCGUAGCGUCGGCGGCUUGCAGUUUAGCGGCUGUCCUCGCGGUUCACACUUGCGGUCAAAUGCAGGUGGUGAUGAACUGGCUGAAUCAUCUGAUCGACGGCCGAUCGGACAUGAGCAAACGCGUGGACGGCAGAGUCGGCAACAUCGUCAGACAACAUGUUCGAAUCCUGAAAUUUUUGACGCUUACAGAAAAAACGCUGCAACAGAUUUCUUUCAUCGAGUUCCUGGGAUGCACGUUGAUCAUAUGUCUGAUCGGAUAUUACCUGAUCGUGGAAUUAACGUCGAAUGAUGUCACGAGCGUCGUUACUUACGUGAUUUUAUUUAUAUCAUUUACAUUCAAUAUUUUCAUAUAUUGUUAUAUAGGCGAGAUUGUUGCUGAAGAGUGUAGGAAAAUCGGCGAAAUCUCGUACAUGAUCGAGUGGUAUCGAUUGUCAGGAAACAAGAAAUUGUGUUGCAUUUUGAUCAUCGCCAUGUCGAAUUGCUCAGUACAAUUAACAGCUGGAAACAUCGUGAAACUGUCUAUAAGCACUUUUUCAGAAGUGGUCAAAACGUCGUUUGCUUUCUUGAAUGUACUACGUACGGUGACAUACAAUUAAACUUUAUUUUUAUUGUAAUCUGAUGUAGAAUUUGUUAUAACAAUUAAUG